CUUUCUUGUUCUCUCGCGAUUGGAAUCUCCGAAACAAGAAAACGGUUUGGAAUCAGAAGCUUCAUGGGUUUGAAUCGAAGGACCGAGAAUGGUUUGGAUUCAGUUGGGAAUGAAGAGAAGGCGAUUCGAUGGGAUUGGAGAGAAGAAGAUUAGUAGCGAUGGCGAUUUGGAAGCUAAUCGCCAAUUGCAUGAUUCGAGUUUCAGUCGAAUAAAUUGGAAGAGAUUGAAGCAAUUGGAAUCACAAGAUGGAAAGACUGAUUACAGGAGAAGGAUCCGUAUUAUCAACCAAGACAUGAACAAGUACAAUAAAUCGAGUACCAAUCUCUUUGUUGUCCGGUUUACCAACAAAGACAAGAACAAGUACAAUACAUUAGGUUGCUGGUGAGGACAAUACAUCAAGGUUUUGAGUUCUAUAUCUUUAUUUUUGUUUUCCUAGGUUUAUAAAAUUAA